AUGAGCUGCCCGCAGCCUCAAAAGACAGGGAUGAGUGGGAGGAGUCCUAGUUCUCCUCGGAAGCAAGUUAUCUUCAAGAAAAGCAGUCGUGACAAGGGUCUGACCAUCUAUCUUGGAAAACGAGACUUCACUGACAAUGUAGGGGAUGUGGAACCUGUAGAUGGUGUUGUAUUGGUGGAUCCUGCAAUUAUCAAGGGGAAAACAGUGUAUGUGUCCUUGACCUGUGCUUUCCGGUAUGGCCAGGAAGACAUUGAUGUGAUUGGUCUCACCUUCCGACGGGACCUGUUCUUCUCUCGAGUCCAGGUGUACCCACCUGCUGACAAGCCAAAGGCUCUUUCCCACUUGCAGGAAUCUCUGCUGAAGAAGCUGGGGAAAAAUGCUUAUCCCUUUUUCUUUACAUUUCCAGAUUACCUUCCUUGUUCAGUCUGCCUGCAGCCUGCACCUUGUGAUGUUGAUAAGAGCUGUGGGGUGGACUUUGAGGUGAAAGCUUUCUCCACAGAGAACGUAGAAGAGAGAGUUCAUAAGAGGAACUCUGCACGUCUGCUGAUCCGUAAGGUGCAAUAUGCUCAAGAAAAGCCAGGACCCCAGCCUUGUGCAGAGACCACCUGGCAGUUCUUCAUGUCCAACAAGCCAUUACACUUGAAAGCUUGCCUCAGUAAAGAGGUGUACUACCAUGGUGAGCCCAUUCCAGUCACUAUCACCAUCAACAACAGCACAGAGAAAACAGUGAAGAAGAUCAAAGUCCAGGUGGAACAGGUUGCCAAUGUGGUUUUAUACUCCAGUGACAGCUAUACAAAAGUGGUAGCUGCUGAGGAAGCACAGGAGAAGGUGCAGCCAAACAGCAGCCUGACCAAGACACUGACACUUUUGCCCUUGCUAGCAAAUAACCGAGAGACACGGGAAAUAGCUCUGGAUGGAAGGCUUAAGGAUGAGGACACCAACUUGGCUUCUAGUACUAUUAUUAAGGAUGGAAUAGACAAGACAGUGAUGGGGAUUCUGGUUUCCUACAAGGUCAAAGUGAAGCUCACUGUUCCAGGCAUGCUGGGAGACCUCACUUCUAGCGAAGUGGGCACAGAACUGCCGUUUCGUCUCAUGCACCCCAAACCUGAGGAAGAGAACCCAGCAGGGAAGGAUGGUGAAGCAGAGCUGGUAUUUGAGGAGUUUGCUCGUCAACAACUAAAAGAUAGGCUUGAUGAUGAAGAGAAGGAUAUGCCUUCAACUGAUGAAUGA